GGGCACGAGGCGUUGAGGCAGGGCAAAGUGACCAGCUGCCCUUCAUUGCCAGCUAGGGACGAGCAUGCGGCCACUGCCCCACCCGGCUGCCCACGAUCACUCGUCUGCAGAAAUGUCAGCCACCGGCGCCCAGGGCCUGCGUGCCACCUACCACCGGGUACUUGAUAAAGUGGAGCUCCUGCUGCCUGAGAAAUUGAGGCCGUUGUACAACCAACCAGCAGGUCCCAGAACAGUAUUUUUCUGGGCUCCAAUUAUGAAAUGCGGGUUGGUGUGUGCUGGAUUGGCUGACAUGGUCAGACCUGCAGAAAAACUCAGCACAGCCCAACCUGCUGUUUUGAUGGCUACAAGGUUUAUUUGGUCAAGAUACUCACUUGUAAUUUUUCCCCAAAACUGGAGUCUGUUUGCUGUUAAUUUAUUUGUUGGGACAGCAGGAGCCUCUCAUCUCUUUCGUAUUUGGAGAUAUAACCAAGGAUUAAAAGCUAAAGCAAACAAAUAAGAGUUCUGAUCACCCUAACAACCUGGAUGUGGACAUAACCACUGGGACCUAGUUUGAUUUAUUAUUCAGUUGUCAGUGAGGUGAUGCUAACUGUGCUAACGUUUGUAAUGCAUAAAAUCUAACUGUAAUUGGGAGGUAGUACUUGAUUCAACAGAAAAAUAAAGCAAACUUUUAAUAA